GGCGGGUGUCGGAACUACUACUGCUGAGGGACACAACUCUGAUACCCAACGUGUUGUGGUUUGAGUACACUAAUACGCGGCAGGAGGCUCGGGCACGUGGGGGCAAGCUGGUUUCCUGUAAGUCACAAUGACAUCUGAUGGCCGACGCAAGCAGCUUCUUCCGCAGCUACUGGCCCCGCAAGAGAUAGCACUAGACAGCUGCCUUUACGCACCCAAAGCGUUCACUAUUUAUAUAUUUAUUUACGACAAUAGAUACUCACUAAUAUAAUAUUUACACUUACAAUUGUGGGUGACUUACGGGUAUUCUAUUUGAUGUUUCCACUUGUAAGACUUAAGGUGCAAUUAUUCACUUUAAUAUUGGUUUCACUCUAAAGUCUAUAUUGUAAACACAGUCGUAGAGUGGGUUUUAAUGUUGAUGGUAUUGCUGCACAUUUACAACAUGAAGGUGAGCUAUUUGUCCUGAUACUUGAAUAGUUGAAAUUUUGGUUUAAUUUACCAGAUUUUUAGUCUUUAAGAUGACAAUUCAUAGCAAGAAAACAGAUACUUGACUAUAUUGUAUACACAUUUGUAAUAUAUUCGUAUUAUAAACUACCUAUCCAUGAUAAUGGUGGUUCCAAAAUAAAGUUACAAUGUA